AUGUCUAGGUAUGUCAUAAGCUUCAUCCUGUUCAGUUUCCCUCCACACCCUCUGCUACUAAUAGGGCCAGUUUUGUGGGUCAUUUCCCUGUGCAAGUCUCAAUUUGUUGGCAUUUGCUGGAGUACUAAAGGCAUUGGGGUCAUGGCAAUAGUGGGACUUCUCAGGAGAGUUGUUUAUUUCUUUGAAAAAGUUAGAAUCACACAAGGAAAAACUAUAGGAGAGUCUAGGUUGGACCAUGUUUUAGCAGAGUUAUCUCAAAGAGCAUUCUGCAUUUUCCUGAAAUUGCAGAUGCUCAACUGUGUAUUCAGUGAUAGCAACCAAGAAAUGCUGGUGUAUGGACGGCAACCAGAAGGAUGCUUAAUUGCAUCAUAUUUUAUCAUGGCACAAGCUCAGAUUCAGCAGCAGCAACAGCAGCAGCAGCAGCAGCAGCAAAAAGUGCAACCAACAACUGACUUUGGUCCUGACAGUGGGGGAAGAAUUAAGGGUCUAACAAUUGUGAAGCCUAUAGUAUGGAAUGUUGCUCGUUUUUUUGGCAAAAAGAGAGAGGAAGAUGGGCACACUCAUGAAUGGACAGUUUAUGUCAAACCGUAUAACAAUGAGGACAUGUCUACAUAUGUGAAAAAGGUCCAUUUUAAGCUACACGAGACGUAUGCCAACCAGAACUGUGUGUUGACAAAGCCGCCCUACGAAGUCACAGAGACAGGAUGGGGAGAGUUUGAGAUUGUCAUCAAAAUCUUUUUUCAUGAUCCAAAUGAAAGACCAGUAACCAUAUACCACAUUCUGAAGCUGUUCCAAUCUCCUCCUGGCACUACACCACCUGUCGUGUCCAGCGAUUUCAAGAAGCCACUUGUGUCUGAAUUUUACGAGGAGCUCAUCUUCCAGGACCCCUCUGCCAUGAUGAGACAGCUGCUAACCAACACCCGACAACUGACUCUUGGAGAGUACACCCACGAUACUGACUUUGAAGACAAGAAGGAGAAGACAAAAAAACUUAUUAAAUGCCAAGAGAAAAUAGCAAAUGAAAUCAUGGACUUGCGAGAGAAGAUCAAACUUGCCAAAGACACAAUUGGCAAGUUCAAAGAGGAAAUUAACAAGUCACACUCAGAAAUGUCUGUGGAUGUAUCAGGAUUAACAUGAACUUUUUCUUUCUCUCAUUUAUGAAAUAAGUCUGAUUUCUUUCUUUUUGUAUAUGAAUAAAAAAAAUUAAAUAGUGAUGUUCCUUUAACUCAUCAAAUUUAGUGAAAUAUUCCAUAGAAUUCACUGGAACACACACUAAAGAUAAAUCAUUAAACUAAGUAAAGAAAUCA